UUUUUGAGUAACGUGGCCACUCUCUCAUCUACAAUGCUGCAGGAAGGGCGGAAGGAGAGAGAACCAGUUAAUCUCUUCUUCCCAAGUACAAAGGCUUAUCUGAUCUUCAUUUCAACUCACUCUCUUUCAGUUCUCUCUUGUUCAUUUCAUGGCGUUCUGUGUUUUUCCUAAUUCCAUUUCUUUCUCCCGUCCUCUUUCUCCCGUUGUCCAAUUUUCAAAUGUCAGGACAACUGUCUCCGUCCGAAAUUCCACGGCUCACGAGCCCUCCUCUUCUUCCAAUGCUUCUCUCCUUCUCAACACACUAAUGGCUUUCCAGGUUCUGGAUGCACUGGGUGAGCCACUUCCUUGUGCCAAUUAUGACUCUUGGAUGGUCUACAUACCUGAGGGUGAAUUCUUGUCACGUAUUGGCCCCACAGAGUUCUUCAAGGACCUUGAGAAGUAUGCAAGUCAGAAUGCAGUGCAAGAGUGGAAAAAACUUCUUGAUGCAAUUCUUCCAUUGUCUACAGCUGCAAUGGCUUUGCCUCCUUUGUCCAUCCGAGGUGAUUUCGGUGUUCUCUCCACUGCUGCAGCUAGAUAUGCCCCUUCUCUGUUGAAAUCUUUUCUCCAGAUGGGACCUCAAGGGGCUUUUGGUGCAACAAAACUUCUCCGACCUUUCUCAGAAAUAAUGGACUCAUUGGAGCUCAAGGACCCUUUCAUAAGGAACUGGGUGGACCUUCUAUCUUUCCUGCUUGCUGGGGUGAAAUCUAAUGGUAUACUCUCAGCAGAGAUGGUGUACAUGUUUGCAGAAUGGUACAAACCAGGUUGCUGUCUUGAGUACCCUAUUCAUGGGAGUGGUGCUGUUGUUGAUGCUCUUGUUCGAGGACUGCAGAAGUUUGGUGGACGUUUGUCUUUAAGUAGUCACGUGGAAAGUAUUGUUAUUGAAAAUGGCAAAGCCGUUGGUGUCAAGCUACGAAGCGGUCAACUUAUACGUGCUAAAAAGGCUGUUGUCAGUAAUGCAUCCAUGUGGGACACCUUAAGGCUGUUACCUAAAGAAAUUCUUCCAAAAUCAUAUAUUGACCGGAUUAACAUGACACCUCAAUGUGAUUCAUUCAUGCAUCUCCAUAUUGGCUUUGAUGCUGAGGGCAUACGUGAGGACUUGGGCAUUCAUCAUAUAGUUGUGAAUGAUUGGAAUAGAGGAGUAGACGCUGACCAGAAUGUCGUUUUAAUUUCUGUACCAAGCGUACUUAGUCCUGACCUGGCACCCCCUGGGAAACAUGUCUUACAUGCUUACACACCAGGAACUGAGCCAUUUGGAUUGUGGGAAGGACUUGACCGUGGCAGUUCUGAUUACAAAAAGCUUAAAGCUGAACGAUCAGAGGUAAUGUGGAGAGCUGUAGAGCGUGUGCUUGGUUCAGGCUUUAGUCGGGAGAAAUGUGAGGUGAAAUUAGUUGGAACCCCAUUGACACAUCAAAGAUUCCUUCGGAGGAAUAGAGGAACUUAUGGGCCAGCUAUACAAGCUGGGAAAGAUUCAUUUCCCGGACAUUCAACUCCUAUCCCACAGCUUUAUUGUUGUGGAGAUUCUACUUUUCCUGGCAUUGGAGUUCCUGCAGUUGCCGCAAGUGGUGCAAUUGUUGCUAAUUCACUGGUUUCUGUUGAGAAACACUCUGAGCUUCUUGAUGCCAUAGGAAUUUGAAUGAAUCGGUGAGUUCAUUUUAAUGUUUUGCAUAAAAUGACUAUACCAAGCUGUUGUAUUUUUUUGUUAAUAUUCUAAAAAUUUAUUCAGCCUUGAGCUGAAAUAUUCUCUCCGUUGGAACAUUGGGAAGAGAAAUUGGAAAAUAUUAAAAUAUUUUUUCAA